AUGUUCAACGUCAACGUCCGAGUGCUGCCACCACGGCUAGUGCAUACCAUUCCUCUCCUUCUCCGGACAUACGCUGCCCCCGCCAGAAACGUGCGCGACACCAGCGACCCCCGGGUGGAGAUCAUGAAGCGCGCUCUGUACCCUCCUACACUGGACCGCAAGCAGGAUACCUCCCCUACCGGCUUGCACAGGUCGGACGUAAACACACUCCUCGACGUUGCUGUUCCUAGCGCUGAGGCGCACGAGACGAUUACGCGCGCAUGGCUCCUCUACCAGCGGCAGCAAAGGGAUGCGCGCGACGCGGACAUGGGACGCAAGUUCGAUAGCAUGCUCGCAGCGCUGGACGAGCUCAAGAUGUGCGACGAGAAGCUGUACAGGCUUGCGGUGUAUAAACCCAAUAUGCGGAAACUGUCCCCCGAGGAGAGAGACGCGAUGAAGGGUCUUAAGAGCAGUGCUGCUAGGAGAGCGAUCGAGGCGAGGAACGAGAGCCUGUUCCCGAGAGAACUGAGGAUACCAACAGAUACGCCGAGCAGGAAGGGGUGGGAUCAUAAUUGGACACCGAGCGAGUGA